UAAAGAAGACAUCGUUUGCCGCAAUUUAGAUAUUAAAAAAAAACAACGCGUUCAAAAAAAGAAUUUUUUUUUUCACUCUCGUCUCUUAUUUAAGCGGUUUUUAUUGUUGUUGUUUUUUUUUUACAUUUAUUAUUGCGCGAUUAUAAUUAUUAUAAAAAAAAAAAGACAAAAGGAAGCAUAAUUUUUUUUUUUGAACAAUUCAUUGUACAAAAAUUUUUGAAAUUAAAUAAAAGAAUAAUAAAAAUAAUAACAAAAAAAAGAAAGAAAUAAAAAGCAAAACAAAGCGAAAUUUUUUUUAAUUUCGCAAUUUUUUUUUUUUCGUUUGCAUUCAUUCGUUUUUUACUUGAUUGUCAUUUAUUGAAAAAAAAAAUAAUAUCUAAAGAACCGUAUUGCAAUAAUAAGAGAAAAUCGAAACAAUAAAUUAAAAAGAAAACAAGAAAAAAAGACAAAGUAAAGGUCCUGAUGAAAAGUGUAAUAAAAAAAUUUUAAAACAGUUGUAAAAAGUGAAGAGUUUUUAACGCAAAAAUGUUGGUCCCACCAGAUAUGCUAGCAGCUCAAACACGUAUGGUUUAUCAAAUGAAUAAAUUUUGUGCUGAACGUGUACAAUCAAGAAUGUUAAAAAUUUCAGCAGCAAUUAGAGAAAUAUGUAAAAUUGUACAAGAUAUUUUAAAGGAAGUUGAAGUACAAGAGCCAAGAUUUAUAUCAAGUUUAGUAGAAUGUAAUGGAAGAUUUGAGGGUAUUGAAGUCAUUUCACCUAAUGAGUUCGAAAUUGUAUUAUAUUUGAAUCAAAUGGGUGUAUUUAAUUUUGUUGAUGAUGGUACAUUACCUGGUUGUGCUGUAUUAAAAUUAAGCGAUGGCCGUAAACGUUCAAUGUCAUUAUGGGUUGAAUUUAUAACAGCAUCUGGUUAUUUGUCAUCACGUAAAAUUCGUUCACGUUUUCAAACAUUAGUUGCAGCAGCAUGUGAUAAAAGUAUUUAUCGGGAUAUGGUUAAAAUGAUGGGUGAUACAAGUGAAGUUAAAUUAAGAAUUCGUGAACGUUAUAUUGUUCAAAUAACACCAGCAUUUAAAUGUUCUGGUAUAUGGCCACGUUCAGCAGCACAUUGGCCAUUAAUGAAUAUACCAUGGCCGCAUCCAAGUCUUGUUGCUGAAGUUAAAACAGAAGGAUUCGAUUUAUUAUCAAAAGAGAGUAUAGCAUUACAAGGUAAAAAUUCAAGUAUGGAAGGUGAUGCAUGGGUAUUGAGUUUUUUUGAAGCAGAAAAUCGUUUAUUACAAGGCGGCUGUCGAAAACGUUGUUUAAGCAUUUUAAAAACACUUCGUGAUCGUCAUCUAGAUUUACCUGGUAAUCCAAUAACGGUAUAUCAUUUAAAAACAUUACUAUUAUAUGAAUGUGAAAAACAUCCACGUGAAUUUGAAUGGGAUGAAUGUUGUAUUGCUGAUCGUAUUAAUGGUAUUUUUUUACAAUUAAUAUCAUGUUUACAAUAUCGUCGUUGUCCACAUUAUUUUCUACCAACAUUGGAUUUAUUUAAAGGUAAAUCACCGAGUGCAUUGGAAAAUGCUGCUAAACAGGUAUGGCGUUUAACUCGUGAAAUGUUAACGAAUGCAAGUGCAUUCGAUAAAUUGUAAAUAAAAGAAUAAAAGAUGAAUAAAUAAAUAAGAAAAAAAUAAACAAUAUGAAACUUAAAUAAAAUUAAACAAUUAGAAAUUUAAAAAAUAAAAAAAAUAUUGAAAAUAUCAAGCUCAUAAGUAUAAAAUAUUCAAUAACGUCUUUAUUGAAAAACAUUGGAGCAUUGGGAUAAGAAUAAAUAAAUGUAAUUGUGGUAGGAAUAGGUAAAGUUUGAUCUGUCGAAGCAAAAGAAACAGUCCUAUAAUUAAUGUAUUCGAGUUUGAAAAAUUGAAUAUUAAAAAUUUCGGGUCAUAUAUAGAAAACCGUCUUAAAUAAAACUCCAAAUUUUAUUCCUCUAUUAAAUUUUUUUAAUUAAAAUAUAUUCUAUAUAUAAAUGUAAUUAAUAUUUGGUUGCGAACGUUUAUUUUUUAUUGGGCGACAGAAUAAUAUUAAGCAUAAUAAAUUUCAAAUAUAAUCAACACUAUUUAUUUUAAAAAUAAUUAAAGAAGCACGGGUACUGGGAAUUUAUCCCGAAUUGAAAUCAAAUGUUUAUAUUUAAUUGAAUUGAUGGCUGUAAAUUAAUAAUAAAAUGUAGAGCCGUUAAAAAAUAAAAUGUCUGACUACAAAGUAUAGCCUCUUCAAUCACACCAAGUAAAAGUGUGAUUUAUUACAUUUUAUUAAUGUGGCUUUAACCAUGAAAAACAUCACGUUUUUUGCCGGAAUAAAUUUUGUAAUGAAUUCUACCAUUCCCUUUAUUUAUUUGAAAUUAAGUAAAGGCAAUAUUCAUUAGAAAAUUCCAUUGCAGUUUACGUUUCGCUUUGCAGGUGUAAUCUAUUAUAUUAUUCAAUUAAAUAUUUUGCAUUUUAGGAUUUUGCAAUGAUGACCGUGCGUUGCACUACACAAAAUUUUAAUGACAUAAUAAUUUGCCUACUUUUUAUAUUCUCCACAGAAUUUUCGAAUUUCAAAUGGCGUACGAGUAUUUUCGAAAAAAUGUUAAAUUAAUAAAAUUCAAUUCAAAAGUUAAUGAAAAUCACAAAAAUUAAUUAUUUCAGCAAUUAUUAGCCAUUUUGUAUAAUAAAUUUGUAAGGGCUCAAAAUUUUUUAAUUAAGUAUUUUAAUAACUUUUACUAGAACGCCAUUUUCGAAAAGUCUUUAAUUUUAUUCAAAUUUAUCAGUGAAAUUUUCCAAGUGAUAUUGAUUCUGUCUGCUCGCAGCCUAUAUUUAGAAUAUUAUUAUAAUACCAUUACUCCAUUAUUAAUUAUAAUAGAUCAUUAUAUUAAAAUUAUACUUAUUGAAUUUUAAUGCGAGUAAUUAAAUAAAUAAAAAAUUAAAAUGUUAAAAAAAAAAUCCUCUAACAACGUUCAUUAUGUAGCAUAAAAAUUUAAAAAUCGAAUUUUAUUUUUUAAUUUAUUAAAAUAAAUUAAGUGAAAAAUUUAAAAAUAUGAAAUAAUUAUUAAAAUAUUGCUAUUAUUAUUAUUAUAAU